UUUCACCGAGACUCGAUCCCCUUUUACCUGGCCGUCGUUAAGGUCACGGAAACAGGGUUUAUUCGACGUUUGUCCUGAUUCAGUAAUCAAAUUUUCCCUUCAGUUUUGAAUCUAUGGCCUUUGACAUCACCUUUUCAUUGUUAUGAAGACAAUUAAUCCUCGUCGAGUGGUCAGGCGUUGAAUCGUAAUGUGAGUUGAUACGAAAAUAUAUCGUGCGGUGAUUAUUGAUGAUUAUAUCAACCAUCCCCGACGGGUCCGACGGGUGUUGAACAAGCCGAUCAGACGAUAAGACCCUACCGUAUUAUAUGCUUAAUAGUGGCCAUCGUAAUAUCCACUUUAUUAUCAAUCUGAUGUGGAAAUUUCAUGGGAGAAUUGCGAUGAUUUUGCAGGAAGCCGGUCCAAGCAUCAAAGCGCGUCGUCAAUCACAAUCCCACAGAGUUUAAAAGAAAGAGUAGUAAAAAAGAAAGAAAAAAAUAAGGUCCGAUCUGAUCGACUUGAUAAGAGCGAUAAAAAGUAGGUGUGCAAGUAGAAGCAGUGAGUUGGGUGGAAAUCGAUGGCCAUCAGAGCCCAUGGGCGGCCUCGCGUUUAGGACAAGGAAUAGCCCCUCCCAGAAGACCUCGCUCAGGUGGGGCGAUUGCUGCCCACCUAAUCCACCGUUAUCAUCGGCCGUCCUGAAGGACCGUCAUCAGGAUAUGCCGCCAGUACCCGUGUGAGGCUGUCCCCCCCUGUUGCGUGACUGUACCCCGCGGGGUCUUCAGAGGUUUUCAAACGUGGAAAAAUCGGAUCGCUUACCGAACCUCUCGGAUCUCCAUAUACGCCAGCUUGAACUAACACCAGUGGACCUAUCCUCGCCAAAGAUGUUCAACCUAGCUGGUGUCAUAUCAAUUGGACUUUUUUACGUCCUCAUACUGGGUGUGGGAAUAUGGGCAGCGAGGAAGAAAGAGGCCGGCAACGACUCCGAGGAGGAGGUGAUGCUGGCUGGUCGUUCCAUCGGCCUCUUCGUCGGUAUAUUCACCAUGACAGCAACGUGGGUUGGCGGGGGCUAUAUUAAUGGCACCGCCGAGAUCAUUUACACCAAGGGGCUUAUAUGGUGUCAAGCGCCAUUCGGUUAUGCCCUCAGCCUCGUCUUCGGUGGUAUAUUCUUUGCCAACAAGAUGCGACAGCAGGGGUACAUCACGAUGUUGGAUCCUCUUCAGGAUGCCUUUGGAGAACGUAUGGGUGGAUUACUAUUUCUACCAGCACUAUGUGGUGAGGUGUUCUGGGCAGCUGGUAUUCUUGCUGCCCUUGGUGCCACAAUAGCUGUUAUCAUCGAUAUGGAACACAGCCACUCGAUUAUGUUUAGCGCCUUCAUCGCUGUCAUCUAUACGCUCUUUGGCGGCCUCUACUCCGUAGCUUACACCGAUGUCAUCCAGCUCUUUUGCAUCUUCGUAGGACUCUGGAUGUGUAUUCCCUUUGCCUGGAUGAAUCCAUUGGUCCAGCCAUUGAGCUCCCUCGAGGUAGACUGGAUUGGCCAUGUGAAAUCCACCGAGUGGUGGUAUUAUCUCGACUACGGACUUCUCCUCAUCUUUGGAGGGAUACCGUGGCAGGUGUACUUCCAGCGUGUACUCUCAUCAAAGACAGCCGGCAGGGCACAAUUGCUGAGUUACGUCGCAGCAGUUGGAUGUAUCCUCAUGGCAAUACCACCAGUCCUCAUCGGAGCUAUCGCCAAAGGAACUGCUUGGAAUAGGACAGACUAUCAAGGCCCAUGGCCGCUCGAGGAAGCCCAAACGAGUAUGAUCCUGCCAAUGGUGUUGCAGUACUUGACACCAGAUUUCGUUUCAUUUUUUGGUCUUGGUGCUGUAUCAGCAGCUGUCAUGUCAUCGGCCGACAGUAGUAUUUUGUCAGCCAGUUCCAUGUUCGCGAGGAAUGUUUACAAGCUCAUAUUCAGACAGAGGGCCUCGGAGAUGGAGAUUAUUUGGGUGAUGCGGGUGGGUAUAGGUGUGGUGGGUAUCCUGAGUACAGUGAUGGCCCUGACGAUACCAUCAAUCUAUGGGCUUUGGUCAAUGUGCUCGGAUCUUGUCUACGUCAUACUGUUUCCACAGCUGCUGAUGGUGGUACACUUCAAAGAUUACUGCAAUACGUACGGCAGUUUAGCGGCAUACUUGAUAGCAAUGAUUGUUAGAUUAAGUGGUGGCGAAGCAGUGAUAGGUCUUCCUGCAUUAAUACACUUUCCGGGUUAUGAUGAGACGACACAAGUUCAGAUGUUUCCAUUUAGAACGAUGGCAAUGUUGAUAUCACUCGUAACACUUAUCGGGGUGUCUCAUGUGACUCAGGUGGCCUUUAUGACCGGUAGAUGGGCACCAGGCUACGAUAUCUUCAGGUGUGUUGUCAAUAUACCUGAGGAUGUUGAGCGCGUUGGGCCGGAUCCGGCUGAAGGCGAACAGAUGGCCGUUCUUGCUGCUGGAGCUGGAAGGCUCUAUGGUAGUAAGGACGAGUCUAACGGACGAGUUAAUCCAGCGCUCGAGCCGGACUAUGACAUGGAACCAGGUUGCGAUGGGGUGCAGGCUGUCACUGCUAGUGCAGGAUUAAUUGCUGGCGGUGGGGGUGGCAUGGGUAGUCAUCCUGGACCAGUUGGCAGUGCUUCUGCACGGCAGUCACAGAACAGCACUGCCUUUUAAAGUACAUCCGGUUCCGUGAUCACAAGCUGUGACCAACAAUAAGUGCGGUAGCGCGGUUGUUAUCUCAUAUAUUCUACAAUUAGUAUAGAUCCUUUAUUUUUAUUUUUCUACAUUUCUCACACUCAUAUGCCUAUAGUUUUCGACAAUUGCGUUCUGUUACUGACCAACGUUACCAUAGACUUGUUGAUGUAGGUCGUUUUGUUGAUGAUUUUCGACGAUAUUUUCCAACUGAUGUUGAGGGACUCCACGGGGAGUCAGAAUCGAACGGCUCAACGCUCUGAAAUCAAGGCUUCUUAUUCUUUGAGCCGUGCGGUCAUGGCUCCCUCCGCUCAUCAUGGCAAUUACUCGUGACUGUUGGUCGAUCAACUUCACUGGGUAUUGUUCAUCUUCGGUCUUGUUGGUGACUCUCUCACUCAGUUUCAGCAAAAUUAGGAUACACCGCGCUACCAAUUAGGCCUAGUGAUCUCCUUGUUUUAUUUUUUGAGAUAUAUAUUGUACACAUACACACAGUAAAGAAUAUUGUACAUAUUUAGAGUCUACCAAUCAAGCUUGAGAAGAAUUAAUUAUAUAUGGAAUCCGAUGGAAAUUGAUUCAUUCGAUCCUCAACAAUUCUCCGGUGGCCUUUUGCAGAGUGAAUGCCGGAGCUACGCCAUUAUUGAUUUCAUGAUGAAUGAGCGCUCAGUAUUACAAAGAAAGUUAGGGGGUUGACCAGUUGAAUUAGUUUAGCCACGAUUCAAAAGGUAUAGAAACAUAUAUUAUAUAAUGUUGUUAAGAAAACGCGCGAGUGUUAGUUAGAUUAUACUAUGGAAAGCUUUUGUACUGGCAAAUUGAAAAAUGUUCUUCCCUCUAAAAGAGUUCUCCUGAGACCCUGCUUCGCAGUUCCCUUAUGGUUCUGAUGCGCGUUUUUUGGACAAAGUAGAGAGAGAUACAGAGCGGUUCUGCAUCGUGAAAUCGAUAUUGCAAAUGGCGGUUUACAGUGCCAUCCGAUGGAUGAAUCGAUUGACGUGAGGAUCGGUUGUAUUUAUGAUAUAGUAUAUCAAAUAUUUGAGUUAUAAAUGAAUAAAUAUUCAUUAUCUAUGAUCAUAGAGUAUAUCGUGGGAAUAUGUGAUUCUAGGAGCAAUGAGCGAUAAUAAUAAAUAUAACGGUGUGCGGUUAGAAAAAAAGCGGCUGACUGACUGGCUUCAGUUUGGCCACGUGUACGUGUACCUUAAUAUGCAUAAAUGCAUUACUGUGAACAUAUCCACGAAAAAGACUACCUGACGUACAUGCAUAUAGGAUAGGCUAUUGGUAUUUAUUAAUAAUCAAUUAUAGAUUCUAAUUAAGAAAAUGUCAUCGUUGUUACCUCCAUCCUUGUUGUUACUUUGAGUUUGAUCAUUGUGUCACUUUGACAAAAGAAUAAUGUAGUACUGUUACGAUGUGUUUUUAUUCUUUUUUUAGAAUUUUCAGAAACGACUUGAAAGCAUUUGCUAUAACUGUUGACAGUUUAUUCACCUAGGGAUGAUAAUUUUUUUCAUUCGAUUUUCAAUAACUCCAUGACUGUUUUUUCAAAGUCAAAGAGAUUUGUUCGAAUUGAUUGUUGGAAAUAUAUUGGGAAUUUAGCCUUAAGGAAAUGUGCUAUGGCGGAGUUUUUGAUAAUUGAGAGAAGAAAUACAAGCGUGGGAGGAAUUAUCGAUAGUAUCUGUGCAAGGGUAACAGCUAGAGCCGGAAGUAUUAUUAUAUCGCGCGCUCAUUUGUAAUUAUAGAGAAGUGUUAACUGGAGACAAAGUGAAACUACUGCGAGAGAAUUGUAGGGGGGGGGGGAUCUGCCGUCUAUAUGAUUUUAAUAUGUUGAUCGCAGUCAUGAUUAUUUUGUGCAAUACUUUCACUGCUGAUUGUGAAUCUUGAUCAUUGUAAACUAUCCAUUACCCUCUGAAUAUCAAAAACCAUAGUCCUCAGUUCAAUUAACCCUAAUUAUGUUACCAAUUAUUUGAAUAUACAUGGCCUUGACAGAUAUUUCGCAUUGUCUCCGUGCAGUCACUUCAUGAGAUUAAUUAUUUUUAAUCAAAAGAUUUGAAAAUAACAAUGGUGAUAUUUCGUCCUUUCACUGCUUAGGACGUGAAUCGUGUUUUAACGCGCGACAAUAGAGAGAAAGAUGAUGAGAUUGAAGGGAGAUUAUAAUGAAACUAUCAUGGUGCUGUAUUACUUGAGAGCAGAAUAAUCUAUACAUAUCAAAUAUCACAAAAUUGUGAUUAAAAGUAAUUUAACAUAUCACGAGUGUGCUCCAAUGAAUAUACCGGAUAAAUAUUAAAUGUAAACAUGUUGAAAGAGAGGCACACUACAAGGGUGGGAUAUUGUUUCAUUAUUUCAUUUCAUCUCCCACCCUGUCUAGCAACGAGACUAAGGGCUGCCUCCGCCGAAUAACGAAAAUAAAAAUAAUAAAAGAAAAAGUAUUUGAUGAAUAACAUUGAAGAUGGAAACUGCUUUCGAAUACCCGCUGGGUGGUGGUAGCGAGCCCCGAAGACAAUUACUCGCUAAUUAUUAUUUAGUUCGAAAUAGAAAUUGAAACACAAAAAGACAGGAGGAUAGAGUAAGCGUUGAUCGAGGGGCUCGAAAUAAUGUCAUGUAUCCUAAAUGUUACAAUUGAAAUGCUGUAAUGUAAAGAACUAUAAGACAAAACCUAAAGUACGAUAUAUGUGUAUAUUAAUAUGUAUAAUUGAACGAGAGGAGAAUCCGUUGAUUGUAAAUGUUACGAAUAAAGGGUGUAUAAAAAAAUAA